AACCCCACAAUCACAAUUUCACCAAGCAUAAAACGAGGCCAAAAAUGAAAUAAGAAUAAUAAACACAAAUAAAUUGUUCUUAAGAAAUGCGCCAGUGACAGUUCUAGGACGUAGUGACUCCGUAAACACCUGGAUCGUCUCGUUGUUUUCGGUUUUCCUUCCCUUUUCCCCUCGUUUUGAAGGAAAAUGGCACAGACAUGAGACACUUUUCGUCUAAGAAAUCGUUAUAAGAAACUUGUACCUGCAACCAGCUGCUUCAAGCAUCUCUCAUGGAUUUCAUUUUAAACAGAUGAUUCAGGUAAUGGUUCAGCAUGGGUCGAGGGCAGCGUUUGGCCCUGGGCAUCUUUGUCCUUCUGCUCGUGGACAUCAUUUGGGUGGCAUCUUCAGAAUUGUCAGAGUAUAUCUUCAAUGAUGCUGGGUUUGACAAACCAUUCUUCAGUACCUACUUGAAGACUAGCAUGUUCAGCCUCUACUUGCUAGGCUUUGUGUUCUGGAGUCCAUGGAGACACCAGUGCAUUCACAGCAAUCAGGAUGAAAGCAUGUACCAGGUUGUAGAUAUUGGCGAUGCUGAGGAGUUGGCAUCACCCGAGGAGAGAAGAUUGGGGAGAGAGAGGGCCUUCUCCACAGCAGCUCCCAUCUUCACUGUUGACCAACUGGCAUCCAGUGUAGCAAGGGAUGAAGACCCAAGCGCAGAGCUGACGCACUUGGUUCUUUGGCGCUAUUUGCCUGUUGAUCCACCAAAAAGUGAACCUAAAUAUGUCCCCCUCAAGCUGCAAGAUCAGCAAGAGAAGAGCUCCGAUGGAGAGUCGGAUGAUUCUUCAGUAAAGUCCGUCCGCUUCAGCAAACUCACAGAAGUACGGCAAAUGUCGGAGGCUGAGGCAGUUGAAGCUAUGAUGUCUCGGCUUUCCUUUUCUGCCUCACUUCGCGCUGAACAGCUCGCUUUGCAAGCAGCUAAUAAGUUAUCCAUUAAAGAAGUAAUGAAAAUUUCGUGCAUAUUCUGUUUGCUGUGGUUUCUUGGGAACUACGGCUAUCAGAUAGCACUGAGUGACACAGAGGCUGGUGUGGUCAACGUCAUCUCUUCUACCUCUGGUCUCUUCACCCUCAUCUUGGCUGCCAUCUUCCCCUCAUCAUCGGUAGACAGAUUCACACUCUCCAAGCUAUUUUCAGUCUUAUUAAUGGUUGCUGGAGUGGUCUUGGUCAGUUUGGAGGACAUCAGCCUUGAAGGAGCCACUGUGCCUGUGGGUGUGGUGUGGUCCUUGGUUGGAGCUGUGUUGUAUGCCUGUUACAUGGUCUUCCUGAGACGCAAGGUUCCCACAGAAGACAGGAUGGAUUUCACAAUGUUUUUUGGAUUUGUCGGCUUGUUCAAUACCAUAAUUCUGUGGCCGGGAUUUCCUCUGUUAGAUGUCUUAGGAUGGGAAACAUUCCAGUUACCAAACAAGGAGCAGCUUCUCUACAUGUCUGUUAAUGGAUUGAUUGGGACUGUGCUCUCAGAACUAUUGUGGCUGUGGGGAUGUUUCCUUACCUCUUCUCUGAUGGCCACAUUGUCGCUGAGUCUCACUAUUCCUCUUACCAUGGUCGUUGACAUCUUUGUGAAAGAUGUCGAGUAUUCACUUAUCUUUUACAUUGGCGCAAUCCCAAUGAUGUUGUCGUUCAUCGUCGUCACACUUCUUACACACUAUGAAAAUUGGGAUCCGCUCAUGGAUUGUAUAACAAAAAUAAACAGAAGAUGUUCCAGAAAUAAUCAUAUGUAUAGUUUGGUGGACACAGAAGGCUUGGAAAGAGAGAGCUUAAUAGUGAACGAAACUGGUGUGGAUGAAGCAGAAGAGGAGGAUGAGGAAGAAGUGGACACCACAGGAAUCAACAAUGCCAUCGUUAUCACCGACAAUGCCUCAGCUUCCAACUCUAUGCCAACUAUGAUUAACAACAUUAUAUAAUGCUAUGGAUCAAAAAAACAAUGAUCUAUAAGAAUAAAUUCCUUUUCUUUUCUACUCUCUCUCAAGAGAGAACUGGAACACAUUCUUUUAUGAUUUUUCUUGCACUUAGUUGAAAUGGGAACGGUAAUGCUUACAUUUACAGAAUAUAUGGUACAAGUUUUUUACUUAAGGAAAUACCAUUUCGAUCUCUGGUAGUAUAAAAUGAUCCUUCCUAACUUUGCUGCUUUCAUAGUUGUUGAUGGAAAGAGGAGGGAGAAGAUAACAAGAAAAAGAAGAGAAAGAUUAGCUAUAUAAAAGAUCAAGAUUGAUUGUGGUAAAUCUGGAGGAAAAGUGAGAGGCUGUAAUAACAGUACUGGGAGACGUAUUGAGUUUGCAAAUUUGGAUGUCUGGUAAAGAAAUUUAAGGAUGAGAGACACAAAGUAUGAUGUUGAAAGGAAAAGUUAACAGAAAAUUACAUGUUUUUUUUGGGUGUUACUAAUGAUCAACUUGGAUUGUUUAAGUGAGAUGCAAUAUAUUAUUUUGAUAUCUUACAUAUCAUGAACAUAUACUCAUGCACUUAUUUCCACAUUCUAACUCACACACUCACAUUCACCUUCACAUUCACAUUCACAUUUAUAUACACUCACUUCCAUUCAUGCUCAUGCUUAUUCACA